UGGUGCGCGCGCGCUGCUCAAUCGCGAGCGAGGAAAGAUGGAUGGUAAAGGUACUACUCCGCGCCCAAAGGACGGUUUCUACGAGACGGAUUCGGGCGGGGGUGAGUGGGUCGUGCCUCAAAGAUACCAAGACCUCCAGCCGCUAGGCAUCGGCACAUUCGGCACCGUCUGUUCUGCCACGGACACGAAGGAAGAGAGGGCGGUCGCUAUAAAGAAGUUGGCCUCUCCUUUCCAGGGCGUCGUCCACGCGAAACGCUGCUACAGAGAAAUCAAACUCCUAACGCAUAUGAAGCAUGAAAACGUAGUAAGUCUAUACGACGUAUUCACGCCCACUGAAGAAUACCCCGAUUUCAAUGAUGUCUAUCUGGUGAUGGAGCUGAUGAGUUCAGAUCUGUACAAGACUCUCAAGAGCCAGAAGCUGACCAACGAUCAAGUCCGGUUUCAAAUGUACCAGGUUCUGAGAGGUCUGAAGUAUGUUCACUCAUCAGGGGUCAUUCACAGGGAUAUAAAGCCCAGUAAUAUAGGAGUGAGUGCAGACAAUGAGAUAAAGCUGUUGGACUUCGGACUAGCCAGAGCCAAGGCAGAGAUUAUGACUGGUUACGUAACAACUCGCCACUGCAGAGCUCCCGAAAUAAUGUUGAAUUGGAUGCAGUAUACCCAGAAAGGUCUCUCUUUUCUAAUGUAUGAUUUACGUAUACUGUAUACCUGGUAUAUAAAUGAAUGGGCUUCUUCUUAUUCUUCUUCCCCAACAGUGGACAUGUGGUCAGUGGGUUGUGUGAUGGCUGAAAUGUUGACGGGACAAAUUCUCUUCCCUGGUUCCGACUACAGUGAGCAUAUCAAGAGAAUAGUUGAGUUUGUUGGAACACCAGAUGACGCCUACAUGCAGGGAAUUACCAACACUUCUGCCCGGGACUAUCUGUCCUCUCUGCCUAGCUACCCCAAGAAAGAUUUCGAGGCUUUUGAGCGGUUCUUUGUAGGAGCUGAUCCAAAUGCAGUAGAUCUUCUUCUGAGGCUGCUGGACAUGGACCCUGACAAGAGACCCACUGCAGCUGAGGCCCUGGACCAUCCCUACCUCGCCAAAUAUCAUGACCCCGAGGAUGAGCCCGAGUGUGAUCGUCAAUACGAUGACUCUUUUGAAAACAUGGAAGUGGAUGUGGAGGGAUGGAGAAAACUAGUGUUUUAUGAAAUCAAAUCAUUUGUGCCUCUGCACGUCAAAAGAAAUGAACAGUAAACGCAACUCUUCCUCAAUUCUCUUCAUUUUCCCGACAAAACUACAUAUUCCCGACAAUUCUGUAAAAAAGCUGUGUGAUUUUAUCGAUGUAACUUUAUAAAAAUGUGCACUCCCUAUUACAGUAUGGGCUUUUUAUAGUCAUUAUUGUCACAUCAUAGAGUAGCCAGAGAAGGGGAUGUAUCGGUUGGAUGAGUGAUAGGCUGCGAUGUUAGUGCGUUGCUCCAUCCUCUUCUUGAAUGCCUUCAGUAGAGGCACGUCCUGAGCUGCCCAGGCCUCUGGGAACUGUUUCUCUGUCGCCAGCAGCACAGUCAACAUAGCAACGUCCACGUAUGUAACCUUAGAGCUGAUCAGAAAUCCCUGGCCGCCAUUGUUCUGACUCAGAGUUCUCUCAAACAUUUUGAGAAACUUUCCCAUUCUCUCCUCGCAGAAUUUUUUCUGCGUCACCUUAGCCUCCUCUACCUGCGUGCUGUAGGAGGCAUGGAGGUCAACGGGGUGGCAGGACAUGUUCCCUUCAAAGUGGUAGUCGUGGAUAGUCAGCAGUAGUUGAGCGGCGUGCGCCUCUUCCUCGGGGCCGCCCGUAGGGAAGAGACCAAUCUUUCCCAGGUACAUCAUGAUUGCAGGGGUCUGACUCAUUACGAAGUCCCCCUGCUGGAUGAUGGGAGGUGCAAGGACAGGGAAACCGGGUUUCUCGCCCUUCAUAAAGGCGAGGAGGUCGGCAUUGCUGUUGUUUUUCUUGCAGACGUCCUCGUACGCGACCCCGGCUUCCUCGAACAUCAGGCGUACGUACUCCCCGCGGCCCGGGAAGACGCCCAGCACCGAGUCCGGGGUGUACCAGUAGUACAGCUUCCACUGCGCUUGCGACGACAUGGCCUCUAGCUGCAGUGCAAGUCGCUAUAUACCUCCUAGACGGGGGGGGGGGAGCUG